GACUGGGUUUGUUGACGAGUGUGUUCGCACAAUGGCUAGAUUGCACGGCCGUUUGGUGCAAUGUCAUCCGUCCCUUACAUUAUGUUUUCUGAUAUAAGUUAACGUUAGCAUUCCUCUUCAUGCGCGCUCAAAAUCGCGACUGCCCCUCCGGCUGAUUAAACUGAGGUAGUUAACGUUUAUUCAAUGUAUUCGACCUAAAGGGAAGGAUUUUUACUUCGCCGACUGAGAGGGCAGCUCAUGAAGUUCGUCCGCCGGACUCUCCCUGUUUUAAGGUUGUGAAGCUCUGGUACCUAAAAUGGCUGUGCUGAGACAGUUUGGAUUGCUUCUCUGGAAGAACUACCUUCAGCAAAAGCGUCAGAUAUUGGUCACACUGGUGGAGAUCGCCCUGCCCCUCCUUUUCUCUGCUAUCCUGAUCGUCCUGCGUCAGAAAGUGUCCUCCACCAACUACCCCAACGCCACACACUAUGGGAGUUUCUCGCUGGAAAGGCCACCCUUUAAGCUUCCUUUUGGCUUGCAGCUGGCCUAUGUUCCGGCCAACUCCAGCAAGGUGCGGCAGGUGGCCGAGGAUGUGCAGCUCAGUCUGAGCAGGGGUUUCAUCAGUGCUGUGCGUGGUUUUGAGACUGAGCAGCAACUUGAGGACUUUGUAAAGACAGACCCUGAAUCAGUCAUCUUGGCAGCGGUGGUCUUUGAGCACUCCUUCACACAUGAUGACGAGCCUCUCCCACUGCAGGUCAACUAUCACCUGCGUUUUACGUAUAGCCCCCGAAAUGCGCCGGCCCGGGAGAAGUCAGAGCUGAAUCCCAAUAAUGACUUGGACUGGCACACACUCAGCCUUUUCCCACUCUUCCAGCUGCCUGGACCUCGGGAGCAACAUGAUUCCCGUGGAGGAACCCCAGGUUACUACCGAGAGGGCUUUCUGAUGAUCCAGCAUGCUGUGGAUCAGGCCAUCAUGAAGGCCUACAACAGGACAGCAGCAGCUGCCCUCCUCACCCAGACACGAGUGCUACUGUCACGCUUCCCUUACCCAGCCUUUAUAUAUGAUGUCUUCAUCCUGGCCAUCCAAAACCAACUUCCCCUACUGCUGGUGCUCAGCUUUACCUACACUGCGCUCAACAUUGUCCGCGCUGUGGUGCAGGAAAAGGAGAGGAAACUAAAGGAAUACAUGCGAAUGAUGGGUCUCAGUAACUGGCUGCACUGGAGUGCCUGGUUCCUCAUGUUUUUCCUCUUCCUCUCCAUCUCCAUUUUCUUUGUCACCUUGCUCUUGUGUGUUAGGGUGAGUCCAAAUGGAGCAGUGCUGACCUACAGUGACCCCACUCUAGUAUUUGUCUUCCUGCUGGUCUUUGCUGUAGCUACCAUCAGCUUCAGCUUUAUGAUCAGCUCCUUCUUCUCCCGAGCUAAUGUUGCAGCAGCUGCAGGUGGCUUCAUCUACUUUUUUAGUUACCUGCCAUACCUUUUUUUGUGGCCCCGCUAUGACCUGCUGUCCCACGCCCAGAAGGUGUCUGCUUGCCUCAUCUCCAACGUGGCCAUGGCUAUGGGAGCGCAGCUCAUUGGCAUGUUUGAAGGCAAAGGCACAGGGAUCCAGUGGAGUAACUUGUUUGAACCAGUGACGGUGGACGAUGACUUCUCACUGGCCCAGGUUUUUGGGCUGCUGCUCCUAGACACUCUGCUGUAUGGCAUGGUGGCCUGGUAUGUGGAGGCUGUUUUCCCUGGAGAAUAUGGAGUGCCGCUGCCAUGGUACUUUUUCGUGCUGCCCUCCUACUGGUGCAGCAGCCCUAGAGUUGCCCUGGUAAAAGAGAAGGAGGAAGAAGAGGAUGCUGAGAAAGCGCUUAAAGGUGAAUUCUUUGAAGAGGAGCCAGCUGGACUGGUCUCAGGAGUCAAGAUCAAACACUUGGCCAAGCUUUUCAGAGUGGGCAAUAAGACCAAAGAGGCAGUGAAAGAUCUCACUGUGAACAUGUUUGAAGGUCAGAUUACUGUGCUGCUGGGACACAAUGGAGCUGGGAAGACCACCACACUGUCCAUGCUGACUGGCUUGUUUCCUCCCAGCAGUGGGCGAGCAUACAUUAAUGGCUAUGAUAUCUGCCAAGAUAUGGCGCUGAUUCGCCGCAGCCUGGGUCUGUGCCCUCAGCAUGAUGUGCUUUUCGACAACCUCACUGUCCGAGAACACCUGCUGUUCUACACUCAGCUGAAGGGCUUCCCCCGUGAGAACAUUCCAGAUGAGGUGGAUCGCAUGAUCCGCAUCUUGAAUCUGGAGAACAAGAGGAAUGCACGGUCAAAGACACUUUCUGGUGGAAUGAAGCGAAAGCUGUCUAUUGGAAUUGCUCUCAUUGGAGACUCAAAGGUUGUAAUGUUGGACGAGCCCACCUCAGGAAUGGACCCAUCAGCCAGACGAGCCACGUGGGACCUUCUGCAGGGCGAGAAGCGGGGCCGCACUAUCCUGCUUACCACUCAUUUCAUGGAUGAGGCCGACCUGCUGGGUGACCGCAUUGCUAUCAUGGCUGGAGGGGAGCUUCAGUGCUGUGGCUCGUCACUCUUCCUCAAAAACAAAUAUGGUGCUGGCUACCACAUGGUGAUAGUAAAAGAUGCAUUGUGUAAUGUAUCAGAGAUCACCCGUCUGGUCCAAAUGUAUGUCCCCAACGCCACACUGGAGAGCAGUGCCGGAGCUGAACUCUCCUAUAUCCUGCCUAAAGAGAGCACCAGUCGGUUUGAGCUCCUUUUCGCUGAACUGGAGAUGAACAGAGAGGAGUUAGGCAUCGCAAGUUAUGGAGCUUCUGUUACCACCAUGGAGGAAGUUUUUCUCAGGGUGGGGAAGCUGGUGGACUCCAGUCUGGAUAUUCAGGCUAUCCAACUUCCAGCCCUUCAGUACCAGCAUGAGCGUAGGUCACAUGACUGGACAGUCGAUGAUACUAGCAGCACUAGCGGCCUGACUGAUGUGACGGACUUCACCGACAGUGGCACGCUAAUCUCAGAGGACUGCUCCAAUAUCAAACUCAACACAGGGGCUAAGCUAUAUAUGCAGCAGUUCUAUGCCAUGUUCCUGAAGAGAGCAUUGUACAGCUGGCGGAACUGGAAGGUGAUGGUUGCACAGUUUUUAGUGCCACUCAUCUUCACUGUGGUGGCCCUUGUGGUGGCUCGUACCUUGCCUGGACAUCACAACACACCCCAGCUCCGCUUGGCUCUCAGCCGCUAUGGACCCACCACAGUGCCUGUGGCCCUGGAUGCCAGAGCGGGACCGCUAGCUGCGGCCCUUGCUGAGUCCUACACCGCGCAGCUCCCUGCGCAAAGUGCCACACCCACAACAAAUCUAACAGAUUUCUCAGAAUAUGUGCUGUACAAUGCCAUGAGGGAGGGAGGAGCCUUCAAUGAGCACUGCGUAGUUGGCGCAGCUUUCAGAGGUCGAACCAGUAGGUUUGCAGAAAUAACAGGCUACUUCAACAACCAGGGCUAUCACACCCCAGCCACAGCCCUCAUGCUGGUGGACAAUGCACUCUACAGGCUGUUGGCUGGACCCAACGCAUCCAUCCAGACAGGAAACAAACCCCUGCCCCGCAACAUGUCCGAGGCAGCCCAAAGCCAGCUGUCAGAGGGCCAGACUGGUUUUGCCAUAGCCAUAAACUUGAUGUAUGGUAUGGCAUCUCUGGCCAGUACCUUUGCUCUGCUCCUGGUGAGUGAGCGUUCUGUGAAGUCCAAGCAUGUGCAGCAAGUUAGCGGCGUCUACCUCUCCAACUUCUGGUUUUCUGCCCUGCUCUGGGAUCUGGUCAACUUCCUGCUGCCUUGUUUGCUCAUGCUGGUUGUGUUCCGGGUGUUUGCUGUGAAGGCCUUUGUAGAAGAGAAUCACUUGGUGGAUGUGUUGCUUUUGCUGCUGCUGUAUGGUUGGGCCGUGAUCCCCCUCAUGUACCUACUCAGCUUUCUGUUUUCAAGUGCUGCCACCGCCUACACUCGCCUCACCAUCUUCAAUAUCAUCAGUGGCACAGCCUCCUUUCUCGCCGUCACCAUCAUGACCAUCCCUGAGCUGCAACUGCAGGAGAUCUCACACCUGCUGGAUAAAGUUUUUCUGCUCUUCCCCAACUACUGCCUUGGCAUGUCCUUCAGUCAGUUUUACCAGAACUAUGAGACCAUAACCUUCUGCACCCCCAGCCCCCUCACUAAAGAAAUCUGCCACUUUUUCAACAUCACUUACCAGCUGAACUACUUCUCCAUGGAUGAGCCUGGUGUGGGGCGCUUUCUAGUGGCCAUGUCCCUGCAGGGUGUGGUCUUCCUUGCCCUCCUCUUUGCCAUUGAGCUGCAGUGGGUCCGGACGCUACUUCAUCUCUGCAGGAGACGCAGGAAGGACCUGCUGGCUGGGGAGGAAGCUCUUCAGCCUGAAGACCGGGACGUGGCUGAAGAGAGAAAGCGAGUUUUAGAGUGCCAGCCUGUAGUAGAGUCCAUGGUGGGGAGCCCCCUCAUUCUUCAAGAGCUUACCAAGGUUUACCCAGGGAGUCAGUCUCUGCGGGCAGUGGAUCGCUUGUCUCUGGCUGUGGGGAAGGGUGAAUGUUUUGGCCUGCUUGGAUUUAAUGGAGCUGGGAAGACAACCACUUUUAAAAUGCUGACUGGCGAUGAGACUGUGACUGCAGGGGAUGCCUUCAUUGAUGGCUACAGCAUCCUCCGGGACGUAAAGAAGGUGCAGCAGCGGAUUGGGUACUGCCCACAGUUUGAUGCGGUUUUGGAUCACAUGACUGGGCGAGAGACUCUGAGCAUGUAUGCCAGACUCCGGGGAAUCCCGGAGAAGUAUGUGUCAGCCUGCGUGGAGAAUGUACUACGCUCACUGCUUUUGGAACCCCAUGCAGACAAAUUGGUCCGCAGUUACAGUGGGGGUAACAAAAGGAAGCUGAGUGCUGGCAUGGCGCUGAUUGGUGGGCCGCCUGUCAUCUUCCUGGAUGAGCCAUCCACUGGUAUGGAUCCUGUUGCCAGGCGCCUGUUGUGGGAUGCCGUCACGCGCACCAGGGAGUCUGGCAAAGCUAUCAUUAUCACAUCACACAGUAUGGAGGAGUGUGAGGCCUUAUGCACUAGACUUGCUGUGAUGGUAAACGGGCAGUUCAAGUGUCUGGGAAGCCCACAGCACCUGAAGAGCAAAUUUGGCAGUGGCUAUACUCUGUUGGCCAAAGUCCAUACAGAACCAGAUUUAGAGGAGAUGGACCUACAGCUUUUUAAAGACUUCAUUGAGAGCACCUUCCCUGGAAGUUUACUGAAAGAUGAACACCAGGGGAUGGUUCACUACCACUUGACUGACAAAACACUGACCUGGGCUCAGGUGUUUGGAACCCUAGAGGCAGCUAAAGAGAAGUACAGCAUCGAGGACUAUUGUGUGAGUCAGAUCUCGCUGGAGCAGGUGUUCCUCAGCUUUGCCCAGUUCCAGCACUGCUCAGAAGGCGGGAAAAAAUAAGAGAGGUUAGGGAGGAGAUGCAAACUCUCCUAGACUUCCUCGUCUACACCUUUCUGAGGUACAUCCUGGGCUGAGAGAUUUACCUUCACAUGCUCAGAUCUCAGUCAUCUCCUCUCCCCUAUACGCAAACACGCAGGUAUCAACCACUGCAGUGGAGGUCUGGGCUAAGCAUGUGUAGUGUUUGUGUAAAUUCUCUGUGUGUCUCGGUCAUUGCGAGGAGUGUGUUGGGGUAGAAAGGUACGUUGCACCAAGUACAACAGUAAGUCCUUGAUGUGCAACACUUUUUGUGUCUUUUGAGUUUGAGGUUUAAAGACGUGUGUGGUUGUGUUCAUAAGGUCCAAUGCUUUCUGCAUAAUGGUCGACUACAAUGAACUGAGUUGCUUGUGAGUGUGCACUUGUAUGAAGCAGCCUGAUUUUUUAUUUUUAUUUUUUUUGGUUGUCUUCUCCUUGUCUCUUGCUGUGGACUUAAAUUUGAAUGUGUAUGUGUGCUGAGCCUCUGCUGAAAAAAGGGUCAUUAUAUGAACUAAAAAAAAAAAGUUUCCCUUAGCUUUAUCAUGUCAUAAUUCAUUCAUUGCUUAUCCUCCUGGGUCACAGGGAGGUGCUGUAGCCUAUCUCAGCACUUAUUGGGCGGAAGGCAGGCAACACCCUGAACAGGUCACCAGUCCAUCACAGGGGAAUCACACACUCACACCUAGGGGCAAUUUAGUAUCUCCAGUUGGCCUGAUUUCAUAUUUUUGGACCAUGGGAGGAAACUUACACUGACAUGGAGAACAUGGAGACUCCACACAGUUCCCCCAACCGGGAAAUCAAACCCACGCUCUUCUUGCUGUGAGGCGACAGUGCUACUCACUGCGGCACCAUGUAGCACAUUUGUAGCAAUGCAGUGAUCUGCAAUUAUGAAAAAGGGAAUUAGUGGUAUUAUUUUAUUAAGACACUCUUUAAAUUAUACGUGUAUGAAUGUUUUUUUCCCCAGCACAACACAUUGCACAGACAAUAUCUUUAGCCACUCCAAAGAAGCUUUUAAUUUGAAAAAUAAAGUCAGUUUUCUGUUUUAAGAGUAAAUACUUUUGCUCCACUAUCCUUGAUGUAAAUUCUGGUAAGGUAGUGAAUGUUACUUUUUACCUUUUUUAGUUGAACUGACACUGUCCUGUGGAGAGUUUCCUCAAAGUAUUAUAGCACAAAGAUUACAUGCAAUGCAGCUGACCUCGCUUUGAACACUCUAAUAAUUAGGACCGUCUUAACACUAUGAUGCCUUUUGGAAACUGUAGACUCUUCCAGUUGUUCACAUUUGCAAAUGUAUGUUUUUGAAUGCAUGUACCCAACUUAGAGUCUGAAUGUCCUUUUCACAUGUACUACCAGUCAAAAAAGUUUAGACACACCUGAUUGAAUGUAUGUUUUCCAUAAUCCUGAAUACAUUUUGAUCUACAGGCAUAAGCUUAAAUGCUUGGAAAGUUGUUACCUAAAUAAAUAUAAAUAGUGCAGGUCAUUCCAGGUCACUCCACAUGAAGCUGUUUCAGAGAAUGUUAAGAGUGUGUAAAACUGUAAAAUCAAAAAAUAAUUUUCAUUAAUGACUGUAUAAUUCCAUAUGUCCAUAUGUUAUUUCACAGUUUUUCUUCAGUCUUUCGUAGUAUUUCAUCGUUAAUCUUCACUUUUAUUCUAAAAUGUUUUUAUUCUAAAUAGUAGUAGAGAAAAUUCUGCACUGAUUAGGAGUGCCUAAACUUUUCACUGGUAGUUUAAGUGUAUGCUGGUGCACUACUGAUUUGGACCAAACUACUUGGCCCAUCACAACCUAUAAGGGCCUGUUACACCCUUGUUUACAAUUUUACGCAGUCAAGCUUGGAAAAUGACAUCAGGCUCUUGGAAAAAGAGAGUCCUGUGAAAGUUCUGUGAUUGUAGAUUUUAAAGCUUUUGGGCAAAGCUACUACUGUAAAGUUAUCAUUGUGGUCUUUCCUAAUAUGCUGACUCAAAUAAUAAUAAACCAACUCUGAGGCAUUGGUUAGUGAGUCUUAGGACAAAUUGGUGUUGACUAGUCCAAAAACUCAUCUGAUACAAUCUCUGUUUUGUGCCAUUUGUCACUGUUUCAUUUUAAACCAGACACAAUACUAUAGGGAAGAUUUUGACUGAGUUUAUAAUGACCCUUAAUAUUUUGCUUCAUACAUUGGUUGAUUGAAGUGUUGGGCAUCCUCUGAUCGCUAAUUUAGGGCUAAGGAUUAUGGGUUAGAUUAUGUGAGGGUUUUUUUUUGUUUAUUGUUAAUUUAUUGUUUUGUUCUUCAUUUGUGUGUUGGCGCUAGCUUUCACAUUUGAGCUGCUUAUAAAAACUGAAAUGUUGCAUUUUUGGGUAAGAGCAAAGGAACUUGACAGUUUUAUGAUCAUGACAAUGUUGAAACUUCUUGGUGAAAUUGUAAAAUGUGGAGAAGUGGGGGGAAUUGUAAUUUUAUGUACUGUACCACUUAACCUUGUGCAUAUUGUCAUUUCCUUUCUUUCUGUUUUUUUAAUUAAAUACGGUCUGUGUAAAUGA